AUGACCAUACUCCUUGCAGUUGAAACACUAGACCUUGCGCAUAUCCUUACCCUUCCCUUUCCCAUAGGCUGCAUAGGCUACUGGAUUCGGGUUGAGGAAAACAUUGGCAAGUUUGCGAAGAAAGGUCUGACACCAUCGCAGAUCGGUGUGAUUCUUUGUGACUCGCAUGGUAUUGCUCAAGUGAGGAGUAUCAAUGGAAGCAAGAUCCUUUGCAUUCUCAAGGCUCACGGCCUUGCACCUGAAAUUCCGGAGGAUCUGUACCAUUUUAUCAAGAAGGCAGUGUCUAUCCCGAAGCAUCUUGAGAGGAACAGGAAGGAUAAGGAUUCGAAGUUCAGGUUGAUUCUGGUUGAGAGCAGGAUUCACAGGCUUGCUCGCUACUACAAAAAAACAAAGAAGCUUCCUCCUGUCUGGAAAUAG